GUCAUGGCUGGUCAGUGUCAGAGGCUGGUCACAUGCACUUCUUCCCCAGAAAACCUUUGUUUCUCUCUCCAAAGUUUUCAUCUUUAUCUCUAUGCAUUGAGUUUGGGCUCUUCUAUAAAGGUUUUGCCCACAAAGGACAUCUUCUCCUCCACUCUUCUCUUCUCUUCUCUUCUCUUCUCUUGUGUGUCAACGCAAACAAAAAGAGCUCCUUUGCGAAGUUUCCUCCCCAUUCCCUUCUCCCUCCAUUGCCAUUACAAAAAGGAGCAGAGCAGUGCAGUGAGCACCCACCCACUCACUCUUCAUUGCUUCUUUUCUCUUCUGUGAUCCAAAAGACAAGACACACUUCUCACAGAGAUAAAUGGAGCUUGAUCUUGAACUCACAGCAGGGAAAAACAAGAAAAGAAAGGCUACUGAAGAUGCUCAAUUGCUCUCAGUCUUCUCCUUGAAUGAAUUGAAUGAAGACUUGCUUGAAAGGAUCCUUGCAUGGCUUCCGGCUUCGAGCUUCUUCCGCCUUCGGUCAGUGUGCAAAAGAUGGAAUUCUAUAGCAAGCUCGGCGACAUUUCAGAUUGCGUGCUCACAGAUUCCUUUCAGAGAUCCAUGGUUUCUCAUGGUUGAUCAAGAACUAAACCAGUCUGUUGUUUUUGAUGCCACUGAAUGGAAAUGGAGAAAUAUCAAUCAUCCUUACCUCAUGCAGGACAACUUAUACUCAAAACCCAUUCCUGUUGCUUCAUGUGGUGGUUUGGUCUGUUUCAGGACCAUCUCCGGCGACUUUAUCGUCUCCAAUCCAGUGACCGGUGUCUCACGAGAACUCCCUCCAGUCACUCUCAGUAGCGGAAGCCAAACACUUCAUGCCAUUGCCAUGAACUCAUCCCCCAAAGAUCAGUCUUACAGGAUUGUGCUAGUUUUUGGUGAAUUAUCAAAGCUUGCUGCCAAAGUCUUUGAUGCAGCAAAAGGGUCUUGGGAAGAUGAGGUGAUGCUUGUCCGCAAAGUGGGAAACUCAUCAGAGACUGAAAUUACCGGUGAUGAACCCUUAUAUUUUCUAAGCAAAUCUGGAGAUGUGGUGGCCACCAACAUGCAGAGAAGCCCAUCGAAACAAUACUCAUCGGUCCUCAUCAAUGAUGAUGGAGAAGUGGUUUAUUUUCUAAGCCAUACUGGUACUGUGAUAGCUUGCAAUCUUGCUGACAAGACCUUCAUCGAGUUACCGAGAUUGUUGCCUGUUUAUUCUGAAUAUUCUAUAGACUUGGUUGAAUACCAGGGGGAGAUGGCUGUGGUUAUCUUGUCAGAGUUCCUAGAAAGUGCAAGCUUAAGAGUUUGGAGGUUUAGUAAAGAUGAUCGUUCGUGGCAGCAGGUUGCAGUGAUGCCGCCACGAAUGUCACAUGAGUUCUACGGAAAGAAGGCGGACAUAAAUUGUGUCAGUUCAGCUGAUAAGAUCUUCAUAUGCAUCAACUCCAGUGAGUUCAGCCGGCAUGUCGUGUGUGAUAUUGUUACAAACAAGUGGGUUGAGCUUCCCCAGUGUUACGUAAACGGGAAAGCCAGGGAGUUUAUGUCUGCCUUAUCCUUCGAGCCAAGGGUGGAGGCGUCGGUAUGAACUUCAAAAGAGUUGAUUUAUGUGCAUAAGAUUGACUUCUUUGUUAUAUUUCUGCAGUUUGGUUGCCAUUCAAGCUCUUCAUUUGUUGUAAUGUGGUGUUACUAGAAAGAAAAGAGUUCGUCAUCACUGUUGUUGUACAUGCCUCUCCAUAUUGUUUGAUCAGUGAAUUGAUCUUUAGUGUUCAAAUGGGUGCUUUUUUUUCAGUGAAUCUAUAGCUUGGCCAGCAAUAAGAAAAGUGAGGACUUGCUUUCAUUGGCAGUAUGGAUUCCACUUACCAUUUAAAGUCGUAAGCAGAAUCAACCUUAGGAUUUGCUCUAUCAACCCUUCUGCGGAAGUGGACAUGGGUUGAGUGGAAGUGCAUGGAUUGGUGCUGGAAAGCGGUCGAUCAUCUGUGAUCAUUGGAGUGUCAAAGUGUACAGUUAUGCUGCACACAGGGCUUUAGAAAAGCAUUGGCAAUUGAAGGACCACCACUGAGGUGAGCAUCGAUGCUGAUCAAGAAUUUUAUCCAUUCCACUGUCUAUCCAUAUAUUGCUUUAGUUGUGCACCCAUUGUUAAUCCUUAUUGUUCUUUCUGUUGUGGUUGAUCACUGUCCAUAGAUUUGCCGAAUUAAUCACAAUUACUUUCUCUUCA